CCUCAACAUCAACCCCCCACCCACCCCCUUUGCCUUCCUACAGUACUGACAAUGGCCAAAAUAACACCUCGCCGCAUGCAAGGUGACUGCAUGCAACUUUCAACCGCCGUCCGAAGAAGCGAGUGGCCGUCCAACGCCCAACAACGGCGACGUUAGAUGGGGCUAAAAAUAACUUGUACUACCACCGCACCUGAUCGCCAGGAGGAUGAUCUUGGCAUUGUCAAUUCACCAAUUACAGCGAGAGCGUUGCUUGAGUGUCGACCAUACAUGACCUACCGCCGAGUGUAGAGAAUUUGAACAAGGAGCUAUGGUCGAAUACUACAACUUGUACCCCAGUUUUAAGCUUACAGUUAUAUAGUUCGAUUCCAUAUUGACCAAAACUGCGAGCAUUGGUUUCGCAUUCAUACAGUUGCAAAAUGUUCGAAAUCCACACUAUCUGAGUUCGCUUGAAACAGCAUUGCCAGCAGGAGCGUGACAUGUUGACCACAAGGAAAGACUGGGCAGCAAGCAGCCUCGCCUUCCCGCAUCCGAGAACAGUCAUUUCCAUUUUGCCAUCAUGAAGGCUACGUCUUGCAUCUUGCUAGCCUGCGCGGCUUCGGCCCGUGAAAUUCGCCACGAAGAGUUUGCGAUGGCGUAUCCCACAGCGGCCCAAGGCACCGCUCGGCUCCCCACGCACAACUUGGUGGGUUAUUGGCACAACUUUGAAAACCCAUCUGGGAAGACCUUUCCGUUGAGCCAAAUCAGCAAGGACUGGGAUGUCAUCAACGUCGCGUUCGCCGACAGCUUGGGCAGCGGGGCGCUAGGGCUCAACAUUGACCCGUCCGCGGGGUCGGAAGCCCAAUUCAUCGCCGACAUUGCGGCGCUCAAGGCCAGCGGCAAGAUCGUGGCGCUUUCCCUGGGCGGGGAAAAGGGGUCGGUCACGAUCAAGGACGCAACCGAGAAAGCCAACUUUGUCAACAGUUUGUACGGGCUAAUCACCAAGUACGGGUUUGACGGGAUCGACGUCGACUUGGAGAACGGCGUGUCCAUCGGUGCCCCCAUCGUGCAGAACCUCAUUGACGGCAUCAAGCAACUCAAGCAACGCGUGGGUCCCACGUUUUACUUAAGCAUGGCGCCGGAGCAUCCGUAUGUGCAAGGCGGGUAUGGCCAGUGGGGGGGCCUCUGGGGCUCGUACCUGGCGAUCAUCGACGCACUCCGCGACGACUUGACCCAGAUCCACGUCCAGUUCUACAACAAUAACGGGUUCACGUACCCCGAUGGUCGCUACCUCAGGGAAGGCACCGUCGACGGCCUUGUGGGUGGCAGCUUGAUGCUCCUGGAAGGAUUCACGGCGCAAUGGGGCCAAGGGUUCAAGUUCAACGGCCUUCGCGCCGACCAAGUGUCGAUUGGAGUACCGUCUGGCAAGUCGUCGGCUGGCCAGGGUUUCGUGACCGAAGAUGUGAUCCUCCGCACGCUCACGUGCCUCACCAAGGGCGUCGGCUGCGACACUAUCAAGCCCAAGAAGCUGUACCCUGACUUCCGAGGACUGAUGUCGUGGUCAAUCAACUGGGACCGUUUCGACAACUUCCCCUUCUCCAAGUAUGCUCGCCGGGCGUUGGAUUUGCUCAACGACAAUGUCACGCCUACUUCUGCCCCCCCUGCUACCUCCACCCCUGCCCCUAGUACUCCUGCCCCUACUACGAGUUCUACUACUUCCACCCCAGUGACCACCAAGGCCCCUGCAACCCCAGCCCCCACCACAUUGGCCCCCGCUACAACUAUCCAACCCCCUGCCACAACGACCCCGUCGGGUCCUUGCGGUUCGUGUACUAACUGCUACUACGCCCCCACUCAAGCGUGUUUUGUUGGCUGGACUGCCCAACAAUGCUCCAGUGUGGCUACUUUCCAAUGGUGCGGCGCCGCAUAAGUUAGUUGUACUUGUUGUCCAAUGUAUUUGUUCAAGUAGUA